AUUGCGAAGUAAGCAGCUUGCUUCACUCCCUCCCGGCACUAUAAGGGUAGUCUUCCGACCAAGAGGAGGCCUCGCUUUGAACGGAGCCAUGGCGCAGCCACUCAUGAAAGCUCUGCGAGUCACCGCCGCUGACCGGGACCUAGGAGAGUUUCACCUCCGGAUUCACCCGACGAAUAACACCUUCACGGUCGCUACACCUCACGAGUCAACGGCCCUUCACCUCGUCCAACUCAAGGAAGUGGUCCUUCAAGAAACCAGUUACCCCGUCGCCGCCUACAUCGCACCGCCGCCCGCUGCUGCGCGCGGAGUCAUCUCGCAAGUCUACUGGGCGGAAACACCGGAAGAGAUGCUACAAGACCUCCAGAAUCGCAACCCGGAAGCUGAUAUCAUCGCAGCCCGCAAAGUGGGUAGGACCCUUUCCAUAUUGAUCACAUUUGCGCAUGGCCCAGUGCCUCACACCAUACGCUACAUGAGUGUAGUGCAUAGAUGCACGCCGUACAAGGGAAGUCCAGACGCGUGCACAAACUGUCGUCGACCGGGCCACAGAUACGACGUGUGCCCCCACCCCAAGAGUGGUCUCUGCCCGCGGUGCGGGGACAAGCAUGAGCCGCAAGAUGUUACCUCCUGCAUCCCGAUCUGCAUUCUCUGUGGAAGGCAGCACCUCACGGGCACCGGCUCGUGCAAGGCAAGAAAUGCCGCCACCAAACGACUUAGCCCACCGCCCCAGAGGACAAAGUUCCCUACCAAGAAGGACUUUCCCCCGCUUAGCACGACCCUCCCGUCUACCUCUACAUGGGUUUCCAAGGUUGCCAAGACGAACAUCAUGACCUCCCAGGACUCGGACGUGAAGGCUCUGCGGGAUGAGGGACAGCCCGCCAUCUCAAGCUGGGAGGACUGGGAGGUCCUGCUCUCGUCUACGGACCCGACAUCGCAGCUUACUGCGGUGGCUCGGGCUGCCGACGUCAUGAACAAAAGGAGUAUGAACGUCUCGACGUAGUGCGGGACCGUGCGGUGGUCCAGGGACCCAGAGGAGUCCAAACUCACUUGCUAUGAAUAAAGUUUUUCUGUCUGUC